AUUAUUGAGCUUCGUAUGACAGAAAACUGAUUUCUAUUUCGGCCAGCAAUUCAUCAAUAACCAAAUCUCGAGUGAAUAAAAAACGAAUAUGUUCCGAAACAGCGCUGCUCGUCUCUUGGUACCAGCCAUCCGUAAAGGAUUGCAACAUCGUUGCCAAUCUGUUAUUGCAGGACCACCGGUCAACAAAAUUUCCACAGCGGAAAGAGUAAUAUUGGGCGGUGGAAUGUGCGUAUCUAUGUUGGUUGUGCCAGCCUGGGUGUUACUUCACUUGAAGGAAUACAAAGGUGGAAACUAAAUUCAACUUUAAAUUAGAUUAAUGGCUUUCAGUAAUAAAACGUAGAAAUUUCGUGAAGUUCUAAAGUGAAUAUCUGAAUUAUAAAUAAACCAUUAUAAAUUUA